CGGGUCCUAACAACGACCUUACCGAGAAUAGGGCGUACAGCGAAUACGAGGUGACUCAGCCGUUGGCUCAAAUGUCGAAAUGCGGCAUGAAAAGCCAAAAAUAAAAAGCCAACUGCCCCAAAUAUAAAAUGUCACCCGUGCGAUAUUUAUUUUUCACUUUUGCAUCCGACGAGAACUCUACUGAAUUCCCAAAAGAUAGAGAGAGAGAGAGAGAGAGCUGGGGCUUCUAGCGCGUAUCAUAUCUCAAAUUCCCAAUUUUAACUCCCCCCCCCGCGCCAGACCCUAAGGGACCUACACCCAAUGAGUGAAGCCCUAACUGGACAAGCCGAAAACGAUGCGGCCCCAACUCACACGCCUUAUCCACAUACUCUAAGCUUUGACACGUUCGUGAAACGCUAUGUCCCGGUUCUAAAGGAAGCCGUCCAACAGGGGCAACGGCCCCCUUUCCCCUCUAAAGCAAGGUUUAUGGGGACCCUAAAGUUGCACGGCUAUAAUGCAACAAUCGUAUUAUCCCCCUCCCCCAUCACUCUCCCUACUGUCUCUAUUUAUUUAUUUUCCGCAGACCUCUUGAAGGCUGGGUGAGGGCACGAGAAUUGAAAUUAAUCCGAUGAAAUAAAAUUGCAGAUGUUCCGUACCAACGAUCGGCACAACCCAGUCUUUCAAUCACGCAACCGGGUGGUAACAUCCCAGGACAAAGGACCAAUCCCUUCACUCCUGAACGGCAAACCACUGCACCUGCUCGUGGAUAAGAUAAUGAAAACCUACAACCUGUGGAAAGGGCGGCCGGACGGCGCCCCGUUCUCUGAAAUCAUGAUAGCCGGCGAGGUCGCUGGGCGCGACAUCUACAGGAAUGUCGCCGUCAAUCGGCUUCCCCGGUUCUUCUGCAUUUUCAACAUCAGGGUGGACGGGACGUGGGUGGACAUGCGCGAGUACAAGGAUGUGUCAAUGGAGUCUGAGCGCAUUUUCAAUAUCAUGAACUGGCCGACGUGGGAGGCGACAAUCGACUUUCUGGAGGAUACGACAGAGAUUUCAAACUGGCUGUACGAGGUCACGAAGAAGGUGGAAGACGAGUGUCCGUUUGCAGCGUCGUUCUCGGACUCCAGGGGGAGGAAAAUAUCCGGAACCGGAGAAGGUCUGGUCUGGACCGUGAUACCGUUUGAAGGCGAAACCUGGCCGAGCGAUUGCACGACGCUGUGGAACUUCAAGACCAAGGGGGAGAGGUUCGAGGUCGUCAGCCGGAUCAAACCCACCCCGCCAAGUGACCCCGACGCCAUCGGACUGGCUACCGCGUUUGUAGACUACGCGAUCACAGAAGCACGAUUUGAGCAAGGGAUUGAGUACUUGAGGGAGAUGGGAAUACUGGAGCAUGGCCGGAACGGCAAGAGGAGCACCUCCCAAUUCACCAAAUGGGUGGAAAACGACGUGAUCGAGGAAGAAUGGGAGAAAAUGGUGGAGUUGGGCGCCGAGGAGGCCAAAGUGAGGAGGGUGAUUGCCGAGCGGGCGAGGAAUUGGUUUUUCCGCUAUCUCCAGGAAGUGCCGCCGCAAUGUCUAGCCCCUGCUACAGACAUGUAAUGGGGAUGAGAUGAUAAUCGCUGCUUGUGCCCAACCUACCUACUGUAGUCUUUACAUUGCACGCAUCAAGAAUAGAUCACAAGCCCUUCUAGCUUGCUAUCGCUAUCGGGUAAAUAAAGUUGACAGCUUCAUUCCAGCAGACGUUUUAUAUGUUUGUUUUUUUCCACAAUUUCCGCUCUUUACUUAAUCAAACCUGCCCACAUAGUUCGCAGUUAACACUUGGCAUGGAGAAUCUGCGGUUCGUCCAAUUGCCGAUAUAGAGGGAGGAAAAGUUAAUAUAAUUAUAACUGAACCGCAC